UCUUCUUUCAAUCUACCAUCACAGAGUUCAGAUGGGGAAUUGCCAGGCGGUUGAUGCGGCGGCUCUGGUAAUACAGCACCCAAGUGGCCGGAUUGAGAGGCUGUAUUGGCCGGUGGUGGCUAGCGAGGUCAUGAGAACUAAUCCGGGUCACUAUGUUUCUCUUAUAAUUCCCUUACCUCAAUCUGAGGAUGACAAUCCGGAGCCCAAAACGGUGCGUUUUACUCGUGUUAAGCUUCUCCGGCCAAACGACACUCUUGCUCUUGGCCAUGCCUAUCGGCUCGUCACCACUCAGGAGGUUAUGAAGGUGUUGCGGGCUAAAAAGUAUGCAAAAUCCAAGAAGCAAUUGAUGGAGUCGGAGGAGAAUCGGACUGCCGGCGGUGAAGUAGAAGAGACGGAAAAGAACCAGCAGGCAGUCAAACAUGAAAGACACCGAAUUCGAACACCAGCAGCAAAUGCCACUGCGGCGAGGUCAAAGGCUUGGAGACCAUCAUUGCAGAGCAUCUCUGAAGCUGCCGCCUGAUUCAUGUGUCAUACUUUUUUCAUCAUAACAAGCACAAGCGUGGUUCAUACGGCAGAAUAGAGGAGUUUGAUUUAAGAUGCUCGUUGCAAUGGCAGAGGAUUCAGAGAGAGCUUGAAAAUGGGCAUCCAAGUUUCCAAUUCAGUGUGAAACUAGAGCCCCAGAACGAUUCAUGUACUGCAAGAAAUAAGGCAUUUGUAUAGCAACAAAGAUAUCAAAUCAAUGAAAUUGACAAUGUAUUGGAGUAA